AAUGGAGGCUGCUUCCAGCAUUUUUAAAGGUGAAAGGCCUUGUAAAACAGCAUAUAGAUUCAUUCAACUAUUUUAUUAAUGUAGAGAUAAAGAAGAUCAUGAAAGCCAAUGAAAAGGUUACAAGUGAUGCUGACCCCAUGUGGUACCUAAAAUAUCUUAAUAUCUAUGUUGGGCUUCCUGAUGUUGAAGAAAGCUUCAAUGUAACCAGACCAGUGUCCCCUCAUGAGUGUCGCCUGCGGGACAUGACAUACUCUGCCCCCAUUACAGUGGAUAUUGAAUAUACCCGGGGCAGCCAGAGGAUCAUCCGCAAUGCUUUACCCAUUGGCAGAAUGCCCAUAAUGCUUCGUAGUUCAAACUGUGUUCUUACAGGGAAAACGCCAGCAGAAUUUGCCAAACUGAAUGAAUGCCCUUUAGAUCCAGGUGGCUACUUCAUUGUUAAAGGAGUGGAGAAAGUUAUUCUUAUCCAAGAGCAGCUGUCUAAGAACAGGAUUAUUGUGGAGGCUGACAGGAAAGGGACAGUUGGUGCGUCAGUUACCAGCUCUACCCAUGAGAAAAAAAGCAGAACCAAUAUGGCUGUGAAACAAGGACGAUUUUAUUUGAGGCAUAAUACUUUAUCAGAAGAUAUACCGAUCGUAAUUAUAUUUAAG